AUGUCCACAAUCUGAUAGACAGCAAUCGACAUUGUGACGGUGCAUUACAAAAUCCCCAAUUCCGCCUAUCUACCUUAUAAGUGGUAUGAAAGUAUAUGAUUUCCAAAUCUGAUUUAAUUAAACCGCAAAAGAGAGUUCUUGAUGAAGCACUGAUUCCAGUCGACUGCAGGCCUUUGAUUUUACCUUGAAAGUUAAACAAUUAUUAUGUCUGUUGUAGUUAAUAGUGAAGCUAAUGCCAGGCGUAUUGCUAUGGUCGAGAGCUGUUUUGGCAGUUCUGGGCAACCUUUGGCUGUUCCUGGUCGAGUUUUAGUUGGUGAAGGUGUCCUAACGAAAAUGUGUCGAAAAAAACCCAAGACCAGACAGUUCUACCUGUUUAACGAUAUACUGGUUUACGGCAAUAUCAUUAUCAAUAAGAAAAAAUACAAUAAACAACAUAUCAUUCCAUUGGAAGAAGUAAAAUUGGAAAGCAUAGAAGAUGAUCCCCGUGGUUAUCAACAUGGAUGGCUAAUUAAGACUGCUUCGAAAUCGUUCGCCGUUUAUGCGGCCACGCCCGUGGAAAAGGGGGAAUGGAUGGCCCAUAUCAAUAAAUGCAUUGAUGAUCUUCUCAGGAAAAGUGGCAAAAAAGCUGUAGCAGAACACGCUGCAGUUUGGGUUCCCGAUGGCAAAGCCCACGUCUGUAUGCAUUGUGAAAAGUCCCAAUUUACCUUGAUAAAUAGAAGGCAUCAUUGUCGUAAGUGUGGAGCUGUUGUGUGCGGUCCCUGCUCAAAUAAACGAUUCCUCCUUCCAAGUCAGAGCUCAAAACCUCUGCGAGUGUGUCUGCGAUGCUACGAUGUCCUUAGUGGUGCCAAAGCCAAUAAUUUAGCUGAUUCAGCUCACAAAAGCAAUAAUCAAGAUUCUUCAGGAGAAGAAGAUUCGGAUGAUGAUGACGAAGCACAGAAAGGACAAGACAUGGCACAUGAUGUGUAUAUGAUGACCGAAAAGACGCUUUGGUACCAAUGGGGUAGUAGAUAUAUGAAUGACAAACCAGAGAAAACCACUGGAUGUGGGGGAUGUUUUAAAAGAAAAUGAUGAAUUUAAUUAGAAAAUUUAAGAUAAACUAUUAAAAGUGACUGAUUUACUGUAGGUUGUGAUGGGAUUGCAAAUUGUUAUCAACGCUAGUAGGAAAUGUUGAAACAGUUUUCAUUACAUAGUUUCUUGAGAACUGCUUGGUUUUAAAUGUACUUGGUUUGAUUUAAGAUGAUUUUGAUUUAACUGAUAACGUGCAGAAUGGAGAAAAUUUGCAGAAUCUUUUGAGUUAAUUGAUGAUGGAGAUUUUCGAACAGUGAACUGAGAUCAAGCUUAGUACAUUAAAAUACAAAUAUUGUAAUUGUUGGAUAUUGGACUACAAGUUUAGUUAAUUUAAAAAAAAUCGCUUCUAGUCCUAAAAUAGUCAUAAAUGGAAUUGCAAUCUCCUUAGUAAGUAGGCAUAUUAUCUCAUAUUUAAAAAUCUCCUUUUAGCACUCUUUAUGUAUGUUUCUAUAAUAAUACGUUUAUUACUUUUUUCACCACUCUUAUCCCUAUAAGCACAAAGUAUAUUUUAUAAUUAUAUAAUUGGUCAGUAACGACUAACGCUGGUUUAAUGUGGAAAUAGGUAGAAGAUACUCAAUUAAGUGAGGUGAUGUUGGCUGAAAUUUUCGUAUAAUUUUAAUUGUGUUCAGUAAUAAUUGACAAACCAGUAAAAGCAAUCGUUUAUUGAAA